AUGCCUCCACCAUCAGGACCCCGCGAUCCGAUCGCAGGCCUAGACACCCCCCAAUCGCCCUUCCCGCUGAAGCUCAGCGGCGAAGUCAUCAAAGGCUUUGGACGAGGCAGCGCAGAGCUCGGCAUCCCAACCGCCAACAUCCCGAUCUCCGGCCUCGACGUCGGCGGCCAUUCGGACCUCGCAUCAGGCAUCUACUAUGGGUGGUCGGCGUUGACCAUCGCCUCCCCCUCACCUACGACUACCAUUUACCCCAUGGUGAUGUCGCUCGGUUACAAUCCGUACUAUAAGAACACGGUUCGGAGUGUCGAGGUGCAUAUUAUGCAUGAUUUCGAGUCGGAUUUCUAUGGCGCAAGGCUCUCGCUGUCUAUACUAGGGUACAUCCGCCCAGAAUACGACUAUGUGAGCAAGGAGAGCUUGAUAGACGACAUCCGGACGGACAUCAAGGUCGCAGAGAAGAGUCUGGAGCGGGAGGCGUAUAAAGCCUGGAAGGAGGACGGGUGGCUAGUGCGCGGCGGCAAAGAAGAAGAGGAUAGUUGA